AAAUUAAUUUUCCAGUUUUUAAGAACAACAGUAAAUUUAAUAAAAAAUAGAAGCUAAGCUCUGGCUAUGUAAUGUCGCAGAAACCAACGUUCAAAAUCAUUUACAUUAAGUCCCUUCAUGAAUUGGAGCCAGUCCCAUAUCAAUGGGAAGAAGAUGGUGUUUGCUGGUUCCCUUUGGAGAAAAGAGACAUCAAACAAUUUCAGUGUGACCCAUCAAAAAAACCUAAUAAGGUAACCUGGCCCAAAUACACCUGUGAGGUCAAGGCAGUUGACAUUGCCACUUGGCAACAAGCCAACAAUAUUGCAAAUAAGCUUUGUAAAGAACCAGCCACUACUUCCAACUCAGAAUCGGAAGAGGAAAUGCCACUUUCAAAGAGGGUUAAAAAAAAUUAUCAUAUGAUUCAGAUUAUGAUUGUACACCCUACGACACCAAAAGCCGGGCCAAAAGUCCUCGAACCACAAAACCUGCCCCAAUAGGGUAUGUAUGUGGGGAGCCUGAUCCCAUCGAGGGGAACCAAAACGUAAAUGAUGGUAGUUUAACCACCACAGAAUUUGAGGACAUCACCAUUACCAAUGACAGUAGCUUAGUUCUCGCAUCUGCCACAGACGUCAGAAAUGUGAUAAAAGCAGUCGAAGAUUAUAAAUCUGAAGUACACAUCUUGAAAGAAGAAAUUAUAAAAGAGCUUAAAUCUCAUGUUGAUGCCAAGUUCACGCAGCUUUCUCUGGAGAUGGAAAAUAUUUUAAAACAGAUAAAAAAAAAGAUAUUGAGGGCUCAGCACUACAAGAAACCCCCGACUUGAACUUGUUUCCUUUGGCUUCAGUUGAUGAGGUGAAAACAUUGGAAGAAAAUUUAAAUGUUGAGGAAUUUAUGAAGAAAGUUGUGAUGAACCUUAGAAAAAUUAUUGGUUCGGGACAUUCCUGGCGGAAUGCCUGCUAUAAGCUUUCAUCAGUACUAUUUACUAAGGAACUGUUAACACAUUUUUCAUGGACGGGAGUAAGCCGCACCAAAAACACAAAGCUGCCCUUUCAGAAACUGCAUAAUAUACUUGGAAUUUUUUAUCAUGUCGUAAAAUAUUGUGAUGGAUCAUUUAAUUAUGCUCAUCGAGAAACUUUCUUUCGUGAUGGCAUACUGAAACAUGCAAAUACCAGACUAAAUCCAAAAAAGAAAAAUGAUAAAGAAAAUAAUCCAGAUCAGGAAAAUAUUCGAAGAGGUAGAGAUGAUAUCCUUAUUGAGGACAUUAUUAUCUGCAAUGUUGAUGUUAAUCCUGUGGAGGAAGAAUUGAUGGGCGAUGAUGGAGAACAACAAGAAGAAGAAAACUGAGUUUAAAAGUAAAACUUCUGGCUGCAAUAAUAAAGUAGGAAAAGAGUUCCUUUGUUGUGAUCUGUGUUCUUAAUAUAAUUUUUAAGUUUAAGUGUUGUUUAACUUAUUGUUUUUAUUUGUCUUGUAUACAAAAAGGCAGUUUAUGUAUUUUGUUUUUAAAUAAUCAACUUCAUUUUACCAUA